AUGGCGGGUUUUCUUGAUCUCCCCGAUGAGAUCCAGCGGCUCGUGUGCUCGUUUGCCGAUACUCCUGACGUGUGUCGUGCCUACUUGGCGUUGGCGCCUCGAGGCCAAGUGGUGCUUGCUUAUCUUAACGAUGUAAGAGUGGUGGUGACUCCCGCCCCAGAUCCCUUUGAAAUACGGCUGAUCAUCGACUUUGACUUUCUUAAACAGCUCCCUCCGUGUCGGCUUAAAGUGAUUUUACCCACGAAAGAUUGUGGGCCCAUCCCCGAGUGGUUUAAGCAGCGGAAGUAUCCUCUGGUCCACGUGGUGUUUAAAGAGGGAGGACAGCCGAUCCAGGUGCACGACUGGGCGUCUCAUAUCGACACGUUUGAGUUUGAGUGGUUGAAGGAUUUUGAAUACCACUGUGGGUCGGCAACGCGAGCAGUGUUUAAGGACUGUGCCGAUUUCUUUAUCACGGGGGACAAGCUUGAAUCGUUUGAAGCUAGUGGCAACAUUAGUGGAGUGAGACACAUCCCGCUCAAUAUCAAAAAGCUUGUAUUUGACAGUUACACCGAGAUCGAUGUGUCGAAAUUCCCCAACUUGAUCCACCUCAGGGCCUCCAAGCCGCUAAAUGUCCCCUGGUCGCAGUUGCAAACGUAUUCUGGAGACGCCAAGCCUAUAUCUGAAAGCCUCGACGAUAUGGUCGAGUUUGCUAGUGUCGCUGACGGCGCCUUCUCCUUUAAAAACAUCCAUUGUCCUAAACUCGAAAAAGUGUCUCUUAGAGCAAAUUAUUCGGAAAGGGAGGAGUACGAGAUCACGUCGCUAUUCACCGAGGCGCAAAUGGCCCGAUUAACCUCGUUCAUGGCCCCUCAAUACGUCGUCAGAGACAUCACGCCCUUCGUCAGUUUAAAAGUGUGGAGCACGCUCUCCCACGACGAGAUCACCGGGGACUUCGCGGUGCCGCCGUCGUUGGUCGAAUUGCACAUCGCCUCGUAUCAACCGGUGAGAAACAUUCCCCCACAGCUCAAGAAAUUCUCAUUUCUCGGCAAGGGAGACUGGUACGGAGGCUCCGAGGGUGAUGACGACGUCACCGUGGCCUCGCCCAAUCUUCGCGAGCUCAAAGUGCAACAGGUCCCCAGCGUACGGGUAAACUGUCCCCGGCUCACCCGGCUCGAUUUCGUUGAUGUCUUCCGGGUGCUGGCGAUAUCAGCUCCCAGCUUGGUCGAUUUAGAAUACUGUGGGUAUAACCCGUUCCCCUUCGACACCACCGACCUCCCGCGGCUCGCCAUUUUGCACCUUCUGGAUAAACGGGAGCUGCUCGUAUUGGAGCGCCACCUAAAGUCGAUUAUUUUGAACGGGGUGGAAUUGAGUGACAUGCGGGUGAAUGCUGAUUUUGUGAGAGUUCUCUGCUCCACAAUCAUGAGACCUCCCCGCAAUGAUGGCGGCUACAUGCACUUAUGUUAUUCGAACAUUACGUGGGAAGAAGUCAUCGACAGACAUGUCUAUGCGUCGUGA